AUUCAGCGUUUUGUUCCACGCCGGUCAGAUUGUUUUUGUUCUCAGCAGCGAGCAGCACGACAGCGAGCAGCCAGCGGCCCAGAACCCGCUCAGACCGCCGUUGCCAUGGAGAAGCUGAUAAACCAGAAUAAGGAGGUGAGGAGGACUCCCCGGCCAGGCAGUCCUGACAGGAGAGAGGAGAGGAAACACAUGCAGCCCUCAGACUGUGAAGUGGCGCCACAGCAGUUGACGAACGGCGUGGAGCAGCAGCAGCACGUGGAAAGAUUCCUCAAGCUGGGAUACUCUUACGGAGACAUCCGACGUGUGCUGGAAAACCUCCACCACGACGCCCAGACCAAUGACAUCCUGGAAGAGCUGAUAAAGACCUGCCAUGCUCGCUCCAACAGAAGUCUCAAGCUGGUGCCCAGGAGCUGCGACCCCGGCCCGGCGUGGGUCGGGUCAGCACCCGGUUUCAGACCGGUGGUUAUAGACGGAAGCAACGUGGCCAUGAGUCAUGGCGACGCAAAGGUGUUUUCAUGCCGCGGCCUUCAGCUGGCGGUCAGCUGGUUCUGGGACAAAGGGUUGCGGGACAUCACGGUCUUCAUUCCACUGUGGAGGAAGGAGCAGCCACGGCCCGAGGCCCCCAUCACAGAUCAACAUAUUCUCCAUGAGCUGGAGAGGAGCAGGAUCCUGGUGUACACGCCGUCUCGCUGUGUCAACGGGAAGAGAGUGGUGUGCUACGACGACCACUAUAUCGUCAAACUGGCCUUCACCUCCGACGGCAUCAUCGUGUCCAACGACAACUACCGCAACCUGCAGACGGAGAAUCCUCAGUGGAAGAAACUCAUCGAGGAGAGGCUGCUGAUGUACACGUUCGUCAAUGACAAGUUCAUGCCUCCUGAUGAUCCUCUGGGCAGAAAUGGUCCAACCAUUGAUGACUUCCUGCGGAAAAAGCCACCGGUCCAAGACGUGAAGCUGCAGCACUGUCCUUACGGGAAGAAGUGCACAUACGGAGUGAAGUGCAAGUUCUACCACCCAGAGCGGACCAACCAGUCCCAGCUGUCCGUCGCUGAUGAACUGAGGGCGCUGAGCAGACCUCCUGCAGACAGAACCGCAAAGCAGCUUGAAAAGCCGCUGCUGCACCAAAACCCGUCAUCCUCUGCUCCGCCCGCUGGCGCAAGCAGGCCGUUACACGGAGCUUCACCCAGCGAGCAGCUCUUCUGUCCCAGAGACAGCCGCAGCCCUCGCCUACAACCCAGCAGCCUCCGGCACUGCCCGAGUCCAGACGUGGACGAGGCUUUAGGCUCGCUGGACAGCUGGAUGUCUCAGCUGUACGUCCAUGACGCCCUGCAUGGCAAAGACACACCUUCCACUGGCUGCAGGAGCGGCUUCUUCUCCGCGUCUGGACUAUACGGCGCCAACACCCAGAGGUCCGGUUUGAAUGGAGAAGGUUACUACUCUCCUCAAAGCGGGGGUGACCCGGUGGUGGCCCGCCCCCACCCUCCGUGCAGGUGUGGUCACCAGCAGACUGGGAUGCCCCACCCCGUGACGUGGAGCUCCUGCAGCUCCCUGCACCUGCACGGCGGGGAGCGUCUGGCCCACUUAUUAGAGCAGCAGUACUUCAGGCAGACGUUCUCCUCCCACAGACGGAUCCACAGCUUACCCACCAGCCUCAGCCACGCCGCGCCCACCAGCCAAAGUCUGUCCAGUGAGCAGAGGAAGUGCCUGAGGAGCCAGCUGAGCACGCUCUUCCCUCACCGUGUGGUGGACCACGUGAUGAGCGCUCACCCGCACAUCUCGGACACGUCCCAGCUGAUUUCUCUCAUUCAGAGCUACAGGAGCAGCAGCGCCUCCUUCUGCUGAAGAAGAAGGAGGCGGCAGUUCUCACCUUGACCCCGCCCACCUUUAAACAGUCCAACGUCCCACUACAAUCUGAACGCACAGAACUCAACGUGAAUGUGAAAACAAACUGUAGCUGAAUCAGCUUGUUUACAUUUGCUGCUUCCUGAUCAAGUUCAAACUGAUUUCAGUGAAACCACAUCCUGCCAGAUCGGUCCGCUCUAAAGAUGAGAACUACAACAGAAAGCAGUACUUUGGUGAUUAAAGUGCCUUCUCUGGUCGCUUCCUGCAGCAGGAACACAGAUGAGGUGAAACAGGUGGUUUGUGAUUCGCCGGACCUCCCUGAAAAAUGUGCAUUUCUGACUGGGACUGGAUUCUCCUCACUUGACCUUUGACCCUGCCUGGAAGUGUUGGAGUGUCCAUGAUGAUUUCAUCUCCCUCUGGGCUUUCAGUGGCCUCUUCGUACUAACAUCUCUUCUUUAUUCUUCUAACCUGAUGUCCCACUCAGUCCACUAAACCCGUCCAGAUUUUAUGAGAGGUCACAGCUGGACGUUGUGAUGCUGGAACAUCUGACACGUUGGGCAUUAAGUUUGAUUAAAAUGCAGGAGAGCAGAGGCUGCGUCUGCACUGUUCUUGUAAAAGUACAAUGCAUUAUGGUCCAAAUCCACUGCCGCGGUGGUUUGUUGUUUUCUCCUCAAAGUGAGGACUGAUGUCUGUACGUCUCACUGAUCUGUUAUGAAUUAUUUCCAAAAAAAACAAAAAA